AUGGACCACCGCUCCAACGGCAGGUCGGUCCCGAAAACCUCCCUCUCUGCGCGCCCAGACGCCGUCUCUGCGCCCACUGGCCCUCCUCAUACUUCAGCGCUAUCUACGGCCUCACCCUCAACAACCGACUCCUCAUCUGACUCCGCCCCUCCCACUGCCUAUCCCCCUUUUCAUCAUGUUCCUCCCCCCAUGAUGGACGUCGAUCAUUCUACCGUAGCGGACGACCGUUCACGUCGAGCCACCAGUGUACUAUCCAUGGAUGAUAUCGAAGCCGCUCAAGCCCUGGAGGGCCUUCGCACUGACUACGGUCAAUCGCCGCGAACGUCGCAAAUGAAUCGUCCCGAAUCCAAGCAGCAACCAGAGCCGUUGCUAUCUCUACUCACCUCCACCCAUCCCCUCAUCUCGUCCGCUAUCAACGGCUCUGUGUCAGCAUAUACCAAUUCUAAAUCCUAUUCCCCUCGUUUCAAGUCAAGCGCCGAAUUCCUCGAGCGCAACAUCGGCUCUCCCGUCGCCAACACCGUUGGCACUGUAGGUCGGAAGACUGGCGUGGAAAGUGGCCUUCGGUGGGCUUUACAGCGUCGGGUAUCCUCGUCCGCCCAGUCUAGUCGCUCUAAACGCCGUAAGGUGAGCAACGAGCAACAGUCUACCGAGGUCGACGUAGAGAAGGGUCCAGAACUGGCGAUGAGGCUGUCGCCGGGAGAGGGUCCUCCACCCUACGAUGAUCAGAGGUCCCCCAAUUAUGACGACAUCAAUCGAGACAGUCCAUCGCGGCAGACCCCGUCCACAUGGCAGAGCCGACUGAUGAUCUCGACAUCCGGCCUGGGUGUGGCCAUGAGUGAGGAAUCGCUCCGGAGCCUGCAAUAUUGUCUGACCUGGCUACGCUGGGCGAACGGACGGCUGGACAAAGCAAUCGAGGCUCUCAAGGCCGCCCUGAAAGAAUGGGAUAGCUCGAGACAGCAGAAUGGUGACUCUACUGCAGAGCAGGACGCUUCCAGCACUACCCUCCUCUCGAAUCGGAUCCAAGCCGUCAAGGCGGAUGUGCUCGCGACGCUGAAACGUGUGGUGGACAUUGUCUCCAAAUAUGCCGGGGGAGCGCUCCCGGAGAAUGCGCGGAACUUGGUGCGUCGGCAUCUGACCUCACUGCCGCAUCGGUUCCAGAUCGCGUCGACCUCCAACCCGCCGCCGGACUCCAUGGCGGCAGCAUCCGACGCCACCGUUAGCGCCCAUCGGAUCCUCGUCUUGGCUCAGGAGGGCUUAGACAUGAUGUCGCAGGUUAGCGGUGUAGUCAACGACACCCUGGUCAGCGCUGAGCACUGGUGUGAGAAAUUGGGUCGGAAGCGCUCAGAGGGCAAAGCGCCGAUCAAGGCUCCACCCCGAGAGCAGGAUGAGCCGUACCCGGCGGACAUCAAGGCCCCAAUUCAGGAGCCAUCCCCUCAAGAUGUCUCUAUGACAGGAAUGGAGAAGGCUUAG